GUCAAACAGACUGAAAGGCCGACGAAAAAGGUCAUCAAUAACUCCAUAAAUGGAAUUGAUUUAUUAUCAUUUCGACUGUGAUUUACGCAAUUAUUCAGUUUCAUCAUCACGUCGGGUGUCAACCUGCUCGGCGGGUCCCUUCUUGAAUCUUUAACGAGACUAAUGAAGUUAAAUUCGCUUCUUCUGUUCCAUGUCAGGCAGAGUAAAUUAGAGACUGCGAAUACAAUACGACAGAUAAGAAACUAGCAAAGAAGUGGUACUUCAGCGUUCACAUUAAUUUACGGUUGUUCCUCAUCCCCGAUAAUUCUUCUCUUUCAGCCAGAGAAACUUUUCGAACCUUGCAGCACGCAUUUAUAAUCAUACGGCGAGAACUGUAGUCUAAGGCAAGACCAACUGCAAACUUAACGUCAUGUUUGGUUCUCGGAGGAGUAAAAAGACGAGCAUCGCGUACUCGGAAACUAGUCAGAGCGACAGUACAACUUCUCCCAGCUCCCCCAAUGGAAUAAUGGACAGAGGCGGAAUCAAUUUCCCCCAAAGCCCUUCAGGGUUGAUGACGUCAUCACAGCGACGGCUUUCCGCCGGGCUGGUGACUUCACAGCGACGGCUUUCCGCCUCCUCGUCUUCCCAGUACACUCAAAGUAUUCUUGCCGGUUUCUUUUCCCUGGGAAGCAAUAACGACGAUAAGGGCUCCUCUUACUGUGGAUCUCUGCACUUCAGUUUGCGAUAUGACUUCCCCCGCCAGAUCCUGGCCAUCACCAUCAUAGAAGCCAAGGAUCUCCUUGCCAUGGACAGGGGGGGCACGAGUGACCCUUACGUGAAGAUGAAUCUUCUGCCAGAUAAGAAAAAGAAGUUGGAGACCAAAGUCGUCUUCAAGAAACUCAACCCCACCUGGAACGAGACUCUCUUCUUCAAUGGCUACCCGCAUGACAAGCUGCAGAAGCGUGUAUUACACAUGGUGGUGUUAGACUAUGACAAAUUCAGCAGGGACGACCCAAUCGGGGAGAUCAACAUCCCCCUCUGCGAAGUGGACUUCGCCCACCCUCUGCAGAUGUGGCGAGAAUUGAACCCCAUAUCUAAGGAGAAAUACCGGCGAGGGGAGAUCAUGAUCACUCUUACUUACAACCCUCUCACUGGCAUUCUCACCGUCACCAUAGUCAAGGCCAGAGACCUCAAACCCAUGGAUAUCUCCGGCACAUCUGACCCGUACGUGAAGGUAUACAACAUGUAUCAGACUAAACGACUGCAGAAAGUGAAGACAACUACCAAAUACCAAACUUUGAACCCAGUGUUCGACGAAAACUUUUCCUUCACAAUUCCCACCCAUAAACUGGAAGACACACAAAUCGUGGUCACAGUCAUGGACAAGGACCUUAUCAAGUGGAACGAAAAGAUAGGCAGCGUGCUGUUAGGAAGAAGAGCGGGCCAACGAGAGAUGCAACACUGGCGAGAAAUGCUGACCAAAAGACGACAGCCAGUCACAAUGUGGCACUACUUAAGGAUCGACCAGGACUACUAGCGACCCCCUCUUCCUUAUCAACCCCCCCCCCCCCGCAGCACCCGUCGCACCUCAACCCUGCUCAACGAACCCUCUCACACGAUUGAAACCAUAACAUACCAUUAAUACAGGCAGCAUUACAGCAUCAUACAACUAUUUCUGAAUUCCAAACCAAUUCAAUUUAGAGAUUAAGAUAAAGAAAACAAUUCAUAAUUUUUAUGAGAUACAUUUUCGCAUUCCCAAUCUGUUGCCAAAUGUUUUACCGCAAC